UUGAUUAAAAAACACUUUAAUUUUUUUAACCGUACCAAUAUAUUAACCAAUAUUAAUAGAUAGAUACAAAUUAUUCCGUUAGUAACACGAUACAACAAAUUUAGAUUGCAAUGUAAAAUAAGAAUUUGAUAAUCAACACCCAAAUAAAAUUCUUAUUCUAAGUCAAUACCUUCUAUGCUAAUAGAAAGUCAUAGAACGUUACAUCUUCCUAAAAGAAUAUACCCAUAGUAAAGUGAAAAUAAAACUAACAUCCAUAUUAAUACAAUAAAGUAAAAUGAAUUGUUAAAUACAGGAAGAUAAGUUUGGUAGUGCUAGAAUAGGAAUUAGAAUAGCAAGUACAAUAGACAUUGUUAUAAAAAUAUAUAUUUGGAAGAGAAAAUUAGGAUGCAGGAUAUGUUACAUAGUAAUGAUGGGGUCAAGUACGCUAUACUCAUUAAAUAAGUGCCUUUUUCAUGUGGAUUUCUCGGAUAUAUAAAGUGUUUCGUUGAAUACAAAGUCUUGGGUACAAAGGAAUAAUCAAAAAGUCGACCUGAUUGAUAUGGUGUAUCAUUGGCAGAGUCAAAAUGUUAAACUUUCAGGAGUGGAUGAUAUGGUUCUGCUCCCGAAAAUUACUGAAGAGACUAUUAUUGAGAAUCUUCGAAAGAGAUACAUGGAUGAUUACAUAUUUACAUGCAUUGGUCCCGUGUUAGUAUCGAUCAAUCCAUUCAAGCAGAUGCCAUAUUUUGGAGAAAAGGAGAUAGAAAUAUAUCAAGGAGCGGCACCAUAUGAGAAUCCACCACAUAUUUAUGGCCUAGCAGAUGACAUGUAUAGAAAUAUGUUAAUUGAUAAUGAAAGUCAUUGCGUUAUCAUCAGUGGCGAGUCUGGUGCUGGAAAAACUGUAACUGCGAAAUAUAUUAUGUCCUACAUCGCGAGAGUCAGUGGUGGCGGUAAACAAGUACAGAGAGUAAAAGAUGUAAUUUUGGAGUCUAAUCCUCUUUUGGAAGCUUUUGGAAACGCAAAAACUGUUCGAAAUAAUAAUAGUAGUAGAUUUGGUAAAUACGUACAAAUGCAAUUUGGUCGUGGCGGCCAACCAAGUGGAGGAAAAGUUUCUAACUUUCUCUUAGAAAAGUCGAGGGUUACAUCUCAUAACUUUGGAGAAAGAAAUUUCCAUGUGUUCUAUCAAUUAGUAACAGGUGCAAACCAACAAAUGAAAUCUGAGUUUGGAUUAACGGAUCUUGAUUAUUAUCAGUAUCUUAGUUAUAGUGAAAACCAUAGGGUUGAGGGAGUAAAUGAUGCCCACGAAUUUCAGGAAACAUUAAAAGCGCUGAGUGUGAUGGGAAUAAAUGAUUCGGAGGCAACUAAUAUUUGUAGAGUAGUUGCAGGAAUACUUCACAUAGGAAAUAUUGAAUUUGUCGAAAAGGAAAAUUAUUCACAAGUCGCUAAUAAGGAGUGCCUUGAGUUACCAGCUUAUUUAUUGCAAAUCUCAGCGGAUCAGUUAGCCCAUAAAUUAACGUCACGCGAAUUUGAAUCGAAAUGGGGAGGCCAAUCCGAAAGCGUCGAUGUAACGUUAAAUGUGGAACAAGCUCUUUACACCCGGGAUGCCUUGGCGAAGGAUAUUUAUGCUAGACUCUUUGAUUACUUAGUGAAAAAAGUUAAUUGUGCUAUGGAGACUAAUGCACAUACUCUCGAGAUUGGUAUUUUGGAUAUCUACGGAUUCGAAAUCUUCGAGAAGAAUGGAUUCGAACAGUUCUGUAUUAAUUUUGUGAAUGAAAAAUUACAACAGAUCUUUAUAGAGCUCACCUUAAAGGCUGAACAGGAGGAGUACGUAUUGGAGAAUAUAAAAUGGACUCCGAUAGAAUACUUCAAUAAUGCCGUUGUCGUCGAACUUCUCGAAGAAAAGCGUCCACCAGGGCUUUUCUUGAUACUCGACGAUGUGUGUGCUACUCUUCAUGCUGGUAGCACAGGAGCAGACGCAGAUUUGCAAAAGAAACUCGCAGUCGGGGCAAACAAGCACGAACACUUUCAAACCACAAGCGAAGGUUUCGCCAUUUAUCACUAUGCCGGAGUGGUUUCGUAUUCGGUCGAUGGAUUUUGUGAUAAAAAUCGAGACGUACUCUUUCUGGAUCUUGUCGAGUUAAUACAAAGCAGCACGAAUUCAUUGAUUCGUGCAUUGUAUCCGCAAGAAACUCAUGUACAGAAAACGAAGACGCUCAAAUCUAGACCUACUACUGCUGGUAGCAAAAUACGAAGUCAAGCUAGUCAACUAGUCAAACAAUUGGUGCAAUGCACCCCGCAUUAUAUCAGAUGCAUUAAACCAAAUGAAACAAAGAAACCUCGAGAUUGGGAUCCAGUCAGAGUAAAACAUCAGGUAGAAUAUUUGGGUUUGAAGGAAAACAUCAAAGUGCGAAGAGCCGGGUUUGCACACAGGACAGCAUUUUCAAAAUUUUUGCACAGAUAUGCAAUUUUCACCAAGGAGACUUGGCCAUGUUGGUCCGGCGAUGAGAAAGAGGGAGUAAAAUGGAUAUUAAGCAACCUACGUAUCGAUCAAUCGCAGUAUCAACUAGGAAAGACAAAAUUGUUUAUAAAAGUUCCUGAAACUCUUUUCAUGUUGGAGGAAGCGAGAGACCGGAAAUACAACAUGUAUGCCAGAGUGAUUCAAAAGGCAUUUAAAAAGUAUUUCGCGCGUAAAAGGCAAGAUCAACAAAUACAAGAAGCAGCUGAUUUACUGUUCGGUCAUAAAGAACGCAGACGAGCAAGUUUAAAUAGAAAAUUUAUAGGCGAUUACAUUGGAUUAGAAGGCAAACCACAACUAAUGAACUUAAUUGGAAGAAGAGAAAAAGUCUGUUUCAGCGAAGUGGUAAAAAAGUAUGACAGGAGAUUCAAGGUAAGUAGAAGGGACCUUGUCCUGACCAAUAAAUAUUUAUACCUAAUCGGCCGGGAACAAAUUAAGAAAGGCUUGGAAAAAGGGAAGCUAGUGGAAGUUAUAAAACGAAAACUUGCAUUCAAUCAAAUUAGUCAUGUUUCAUUAAGUACUCUUCAAGAUGAUUUCCUUAUUGUUCACUCGAAAGAAGAUUAUGCCAGUUUAUUAGAAUUGAUAUUUAAGACGGAAUUUUUAAUUGCUCUUAGUAAAAGAUAUGUUGAAGAUACUGGGCACAUCUUGAAUAUAAAAUUUAGUAAUAAUCUAGAAUUUAAAGUGAAGAAAGAAGGUUGGGGAGGUGGUGGAAUAAGACAAGUAAUAUUAACACAAAUCGAUUAUGGUGAUAAAGAAAUUUUGAAACCAAGUGGAAAAAUAUUGAAUGUCUGGAUUGGACCAGGAUUGCCAUCUAUUACAAAACCAAAUACUAACAGACUAGCGAUGGUACCAAUGAGUCGACAGUAUUGUAUUUCAAAACGUGCUCAUCCGGUUCCACAAUCUGUAACAGAAACAGUUGUAAACAAGCCAACCCGUCCAGCUCCAAGGCCUACACAUUCAGAACGAAAUCAAAGUUUGCCAUUUGAAAGACCUACUUUGCACAUGCCUAAAGCUCCAAGAUCGUCACCACUUAACCGUCCAAAUAUUUCACUGAUGCAAGUACAAGAGAAAAAAUUCGUAAAACUGCCAAAUAAAGUAAAAAAUAAUUUACCGCUCAUGGGUAUGUUUACUGAUCCGAAAGGAGCAAGACGAGGUUUAUUGAAAUUUCCUCCGCCGCCAACUGAACCACCACCACCUAAUACGCCAACUAUACCAUCAGGAUUUCGAUUACCAUCAAUCAACAGGGACGAACAUAGAAAUAACCAAAGUAUAAGCUUUAAUAAGGAGAUACAGACAGUUAGAGAGUACAAUACUAAAUCGGUGUCAGACAAUACUAAAACGGAAUGCGCAUCUCGUGUUGUCUCAAAAAAUAAAAAACCUCCGCAAAGACCAGUUCUUCCUAAUCUACCCAAAGCCAAAGCUUUAUACGAUUACAAUCCUCAAGAUCUGGAUGAACUAGAACUUAAAAUAGGCGAUAUUAUCGAAAUACUUAAAGAACACGAAGGUGGUUGGUGGCACGGAAGAUUGAGAGGGAAAACGGGGCUGUUUCCAUCGAAUUACAUCGAGAAAGUAUGAAGUUUUUCAUACAAACUGAAGAACUCUCGUCGCAAUUAUUAAUAUUGUAUAUUCUGUACUUAGGAAACAAACUAUGAUUUUUAAACGAAUGAAAAAUUCGACUAGGGAACAAAAUAAAUUAUGCGCGUCUAAAAGAUGUACUUAUGUUUUUCAUUCUUAAAACUGCCCAUAUAUUUUUAUAGUACUUCGUCUAUCGUCGUAUAGUACAAGAAAUUAUUAUAAUCGUACAAACGAAAAAUCACAAGUUCGAAGUUCUUUUGUUAUCAUCGUUUUCAAAGUAAAUAUAAUAAUAGAUUUUAGAAACUGAUACUUUAAGU